UUAGUUGUUAAUAUGCCUGAGCCGGCGAAGUCCGCCCCCGCCCCGAAGAAGGGCUCCAAGAAGGCCGUGACCAAGGCCCAGAAGAAGGACGGCAAGAAGCGCAAGCGUAGCCGCAAGGAGAGCUACUCGGUGUACGUGUACAAGGUGCUGAAGCAGGUGCACCCCGACACGGGCAUCUCGUCCAAGGCCAUGGGCAUCAUGAACUCGUUCGUCAACGACAUCUUCGAGCGCAUCGCGGGCGAGGCGUCGCGCCUGGCGCAUUACAACAAGCGCUCGACCAUCACGUCCCGGGAGAUCCAGACGGCCGUGCGCCUGCUGCUGCCCGGGGAGCUGGCCAAGCACGCCGUGUCCGAGGGCACCAAGGCCGUCACCAAGUACACCAGCUCCAAGUGAGCGGCGGACCUCGCCGAAACCCAAAGGCUCUUUUCAGAGCCACCCAUGUUGUCAUAGAGCGGUUGUAAUGCUUGAAUUCAACUCAUCUUAGGCAAAGAA